UAAUUAAUCCAAUUGCAGAGUGGAGAAAAGGGGAAUUUGAAAGGAGAUUAAAUUAAUACAUCUCCGAAAUGGCAAUGCCUAUGCGUAUCAGAUCGGGGCUUCCUCUCCUCCGCCCAGCCCUCUUUGUUGAAUCUUCCUCCGCCUCCACACCUGCUCUUUCUUCCGGUUCCACUCUCACUCAGUUCACGAGGACCUAUGCAGCUGCCCCUGCUUCUAAACAGCAGAAAGUGAAGGUUCCCUUGACAAUGUUUGGAGUUUCUGGAAACUACGCAUCGGCCUUAUACAUUGCAGCAGUUAAAGCAAAUGUACUUGACAAAGUUGAAUCUGAGCUUCUUACCCUUGUUGAGGCUUCAAAGAAAAGCCCUACUUUUGCUCAAUUCAUGAAGGAUGCUUCAGUAACUUCAGACGCCAGAGUGAAGGCAAUAAAUGAUAUCUGCAGUCAAGCUAAAUUUUCAGAUAUCACAAAGAACUUCAUGGCUGUUGUUGCUGAAGCUAGGAGGCUGGGACAUGUGGGACGGAUGGUGCAAAGAUUCUCAGAGCUUACCAUGGCUCACAGAGGGGAAGUAAAAGUUACUGUGACAACUGUGAUUCCUUUGCCUCUGGAGGAGGAGAAAGAAUUAAUAGAGACAUUGCAGGAGAUACUUGGACAAGGGAAGAAGGUUAAAGUUGACCAGAAGAUCGAUACCGGCAUUCUUGGUGGUCUUGUGGUGGAGUUUGAUCAAAAAGUUUUUGACAUGUCCAUAAGGACUAGGGCACGCCAGAUGGAGCGCUUCUUGCGCCAACCGUCAAACCUCUAAACGGUUCAUGGGUUCAGUUUCAAAUGGUUUGCCCUUGUUAGUACAAACCUAUCCCAUAUCGGACAUCUGAGGGAAGUACUAACAGCCCUAACAAUUGAAGAGAUAGAAGCAACUCUAAUUUUGAAUUGAAGACAGAUCUCCUGCAAAUAAAUGGCACUCCUGUUUCAGAGUCUCUUCAGUCUAUGAUAGAGACACUGUAAUGUUUAAGAAUAAGCUCCCUUGUAGUAAAUUUUUCAAUGACACAAUUGAUUACAUAUUGUCGUUGACUAGAAUAUCUGGAAUUUAUUUUUUCAAAGCAUGGAAAAAAACGUAUGAUGGAAGCAAGAAAUGAAUUCACCAGCAACAUCCCUUGCUGUAGAAGUUUCCUUCAGGAGAAACGUUAUAUCUCGCUAUUAUUGUUAAGGAUGUAAUUAUUUUGAUGCUAAUAUGUUUGAAUCUUUUAUUUUAUUGAUAAAUGAACAUAAGUAGACCUUUAGUUUCGGGUA